AGCAUGGCCACCCAAGCAGAGCCCCAAGUGCAGUUUAAGCUUGUCCUGGUUGGCGACGGUGGCACUGGCAAAACGACGUUUGUAAAACGUCAUUUGACUGGUGAAUUCGAGAAGAAGUAUGUAGCAACAUUGGGUGUGGAAGUGCAUCCUCUGGUGUUCCAUACUAACAGAGGUCCCAUUAAAUUCAAUGUAUGGGACACAGCUGGCCAGGAGAAGUUCGGUGGCCUGCGUGAUGGCUAUUACAUCCAAGCUCAGUGUGCCAUCAUCAUGUUUGAUGUAACAUCAAGAGUUACUUACAAGAAUGUACCUAAUUGGCACAGAGAUCUGGUACGAGUAUGUGAAAAUAUCCCUAUAGUGUUGUGUGGGAACAAAGUGGAUAUUAAGGACAGAAAAGUCAAGGCAAAAUCCAUCGUCUUCCACAGGAAGAAGAAUCUCCAGUAUUAUGACAUUUCAGCUAAGAGUAACUACAACUUUGAGAAGCCUUUCCUGUGGCUUGCUAGGAAGCUAAUUGGAGAUCCUAACUUGGAGUUUGUUGCCAUGCCUGCGCUUGCACCACCCGAAGUUGUUAUGGACCCAGAACUGGCAGUACAGUACGAGCGAGACCUACAGGUCAGUGAGAGGGCACAGAGGUCCACUGCUUGCCUCGUGGUGUUCAGGCUCCUGGGGCAGAUAACUGGAGAACUGUUCUGAAGUGUAACUGUUCUUUGUUGCAGAUUGCUCAAACCACUGCACUGCCAGACGAAGAUGAUGACCUGUGAGGGAUGAAGCUGGAGCCCAGCGUCAGAAGUCUAGUUUUAUAGGCAACUGUCCUGUGAUGUCAGUGGUGCAGCGUGUUUGCCACUUUAUUAUCUAGCUGAGCAGAACAUGUGCUUAAUCUUUGGGAUGCUGAAAGAGAUGAAUGGGCUUCGGAGUGAAUGUGGCGGUUUAAAAAAAAAAAAACAAAAUGGAAAAAAACUUCAUAUUUUGGACCUGCAUAUUUAGCUGUUUUUUGGACUGCAAUUACUUCCCCUUUUGAGUUUCAAAUAUAAGAUUGCUGCAGUCACAUCAGAGUGUUAAGUGGAAAUCUUGUUUCUGUCAUUCCCAUUCUUUUUUGUUUAGAUAAUAAAGUU